ACCUUCUUGAACUUUCCGGCGACCGCCGAUUCCACCGCCCUCCACGCAUAUUAAUACCAUCUCUCCCGGAAUUCCACAUCCAUCUUCUAAUUUCAAUUCACCGGAGCUUUCUCUGUAAUUUCAAGAACAAAGAGAGAUCGUUUUCCCGCGAGCGACGCCGAUGGAUUUCAGAAUUCUGGAUUCUCCUCUGUUCUCCACCCUGCAACAAAUGGUGGAUAUGGCCGACGGCGGCGCCGGCAAGCCCAUCACCGGCCCGACCCGUGCCUACGUGCGGGACGCGACGGCCAUGGCCGCCACUCCGGUGGACRUAAUCGAAUACCCGAAUUCGUACGUUUUCGCGAUCGACAUGCCGGGAGCGAAAUCAGGGGAAAUUAGGGUUCAGGUGGAGGACGAGAACGUGCUUCUGAUCACCGGCGAGAGGAAGAGAGAGGAGGAGAAAGAAUCGGCGAAGUAUUUGAGAAUGGAGCGGAGGAUCGGAAAAUUCAUGAGGAAAUUUAUGUUGCCGGAGAAUGCGGAUACGAACGCCGUGACGGCGGUGUGCCACGACGGCGUUCUCACGGUGACUGUGCAGAAGCUGCCGCCGCCGGAGCCGAAGAAGCCGAAGACGAUUGAGGUUCAGAUAGCUUAAUUUAAUCCAUGGCUUUUGGAAGAUUUCUGUGAUGUGGGAAAAUUGUAAUGUUAGAACAAAUAAAGUCUCUGUUCUGUGAGAAUUCAACCAAAAAAAAGAAAAAAAAAAUCUGUUGUGUGAAAUUUGAUCUUUCAAUCUCAAUUUCCAUCCAUCCUAUGCUUCUUCCUAAA